AUGAAGUGUCCCGACAGUAUACUUUUAGUUGCAAGAUGAAAACGUUGUUCUAUGUGUCGCUAGUGGUGGUUGCGGCUUGCGCGCACAGCCACAACCACAAUCACCACCAUGAUCAUGACCACAACCAUGAUCAUGGUCACAACCAUGAUCAUAAUCAUUACAAUCAUGGAGGAGCAGCAGAAUCACAGCAGCCUGUAGUAGUUUCGCCCUCUGGAGAAUUCCGCGGCAGCUACAACACAACGCGACGUGGUCGUCAGUUCGAAUCCUACCGCGGAAUAUAUUACGCGGAACCACCCGUGGGAGAACUGAGGUUCCAGCCGCCCAAACUAAUCCUCGAGUAUAAAAGCCCGGUGGACGCAAGCGAAGAUGGCCCGGCCUGCCCACUGUUGGUCGAUUCCGAUUACUUCAUCGAUGAAAACUGUCUCACUAUCAAUGUCUAUACGCCACUUAAAAAGGACAGGUCCAAACCAUUACCAGUAAUUUUCUUCAUACACCCGGGAGGAUUUUACUCUAUGACGGGACGCAGUGACUUAUUUGGCGGGCAGUAUCUACUCGACCGUGACGUCGUAUUGGUCACCAUCAACUAUAGACUUGGCUCUCUCGGUUUUCUAAGCACUGGCGAUGAGCUGGCUCCUGGUAACAACGGCUAUAAAGAUCAAGUUGCAGCUCUCAAAUGGGUACAACGAAACAUCGCCGCGUUUGGUGGAGAUCCUAACAGUGUUACUAUAGCCGGUUGUAGUGCUGGAUCCAUAAGCGUUAUGCUGCAUAUGAUCUCACCUAUGUCUAAAGGUCUGUUCCAUCGAGGAAUUUCCAUGAGUGGAUCUCCCGUAUAUAAGGGUCCCACACCAGAUAACCUUUAUCAUUUAGCAGUGAGGCAGGCUGAAAUAUUAAACUGCCCCACAAACAACUCUAAAGUCAUCAUUGAUUGCCUUAAAACUAGACCAUGGCGAGACAUCGGAUCGUCUUUACCACAAUUCUACGAAUUUGGCUUCGACCCUGUUGGAAUUUGGAUGCCGAUCAUUGAAAAAGAUUUCGGCCAGGAAAGGUUUUUGCCCAUUGAUCCAAUAGACGCAAUUCGUGAAGGAAAGAUGCACGCUGUACCACAUGUCAUCAGUCAAACAGAAGAUGAGUUCUUCUGGAUGGCAUUUACGGUCUUGAAGAACAAAACGCUCACUGAUCAAAUGAAUGCUGAAUGGGAAAGAAUAGCUCCAAUAUCUUUCAUGUUGGAUCGAAAAAACGCCACUUACCCAGCGCGUCGACUGCGCACCGCAUAUCUGCAUGACAAACCUUUGAAGAAUGAUGCAGAGAGUGCUAAAAAUCUUGGAUUAUUAUACCAAGACUCCAUAGAAAGCUUCCCUAUUCAUAGGAUGGCAAACCUAAUGUGCCGCCAUUCUCCACACCCUGUAUGGUACUACGAGUUCAGUUAUGUCGGCAACCACAGCUUUUACGAAGACUCUGUCACCAAGAAGCCAGUCGCGGCGGCUCAUCACGAUGACCUGAUUUACUUGUUCCCCUUGAGCUUCCAAUUCCCUGGUAUCUCCACCGAGGGACCCGAUUCAGUUCUUGUGGAGAGGAUGACAGGCAUAUGGUACAACUUCGCCAGACACGGGGACCCAAAUCCCCGUGGUGAUGUUCCCGAGUUGGAAGGCCUGAACUGGCCAGCAAUGAAACCCGACGACCGCAAGUACUUGCGUGUUGGCGACGACCUAUCCAUACAGAAGAACAUGAAGGAGGAAAGAAUGCAGGUCUGGGAAGAACUGUACCCGAUCGAAUAUUAAAUAGUUUACUUUAAUAAAGAGACAUUUUAUUAUUUUAGCUUGUAAGAUAUAAUUUUCUGUUUCGCGUGUGUUAGUUUUAUUAUUUAAAAGAUCUGACCAUUAGAGCGUUUUGAAUUGUUUAGACUUUAGUGUAAUAAAUAAAAGAAUUCAUCAAAA